AUGAUUUCUAUCAUUGUUCGAAAGCACUUGGCUGACAAAUUAAGCUCUGUAUUCACGAUGUUACACCAUAUGCAGGGUGUUUCUCCUCAAAGUUCUGAUCAGAAACAAGGUGGAGAAAGUGGAUUUGGAAAUGUUGAACCUCCCAAAGUCCCAACCAAGCCCAUCGUCAAUAAAGAACCUAAGGGCAAGGAAAAAUUGAUUGAAGAAGAGCCCAUAAUCGAUGAUGACGAAGACAAAGAGCUUGAUGAAGCUGAACUUAAAAGGCAGAAGGCUCGUGAUGUUGAAUUGAAUGAAACUCAAUGA